AAGAUGGCAGACUGUCAGCGGUGGCGGGCAGUGAUAGCCGAGUACACACAGACACAGUGGUUAGUGUUGCGCUGCCUGUGGACCUGCGCGGAUAGCAGAUGCAGAUAGUGAGAAAUCAGGCAGUUGCUCAGUGCUCACUCAUUCACGGUCGAAUCAGGCGGCGGCAGCAGCAAUAGCAGCAGCAACAGCAGGCAUCACCUCACUUUCUUAUUAACCAAAUGAGAUGGGCGCCGCGGAGAACAUCAGUAACGUUACCUUCGAGGACAUCCUUCUACCAGGCCUCUGCGAUGAACCUCUGUGGAGUGCUAACGCGGCGUGGCACACGGACACCCCUCAGUUUGGCCGCUGCGUGGAGCGAACACUGCUACUAUGGGCGCCUUGUCUGGUGUUGUGGGUGAGCGCUCCUUUCUACUCUCUGGCCCUCAUGCGGCGGCCCUAUGACCCUGUCCCUUGGAGCGCCCUGGCCUACACCAAAGUGCUGGUGAUGGCCGUGGUGAUGGCGGCGGCGGUGACGGAGGGCAUCUGGGCGGUGACGGGCGGCUAUACCACCUCAAUCACUGCUGACUUCCUAGCGCCUCUUCUGCUCGUCGCCACCUACGCGCUGUACUUGUUUCUACUGGUGGCGGAGCGGCGGCGAGGGAGGCGCAGCAGCGGCGUCUUGUGGAUCUACUGGCUGGUGGCGGUGGUGGCUGGGGCGCUGCAGUUCUCCACCGCCCUCAACACUAUCAUUCACCAGGAAGGACAACUGCCGCUCAUACUGGCGGUAACCAUCAUCGUGCAGUACCUUGGCUAUGUGAUACUGUUCAUCGCCAGCUGCGUGAACGACGUGCCCUCCCGCCUGCAGGAACUCACCAAGACCAAGAAUCAGAAUCCGGAGAUUGAUGCAUCCUUCGUGAACCGACUAUUCUUCUUUUACAACCUACCACUUAUUUGGCGAGGCUUUCUGCGACCUCUUGUCUACGAUGACCUUCCAGAGGUUCUUCCCAGGAACUCAGCGGAGGCUGUAUACAGACGGUGGCGCAACACCCUCGACAGGAAGGAGGGACGGCCCUGGGAGGAGUUCAUGGUGGUGGGCAAGGCAGCGACGGCCACAGCGCAGAAUAAGACCAAGGUGUCCCUGGUCUGGCACGUUUGGCGGCAGAAUCAGUCCACCAUACUGCUGCUGCUCAUCCUCGCUAUCUGCUUUGAGAACAUCGUCUUCCUCAACCCUGUCCUGGUCGGUUGGCUGAUUGAGUUCAUGGGGGACGAGAGUGAACCCACAUGGCACGGAUACCUGUACGCUGUGCUGCUGGCGGCGAUGUGUGAGAUGCGCUCCUUGAUGAAGAACGCAUAUAUCAAAGACAUCCUGGUCAUUACUGUGAGGGUUCGAACAGCGCUCAUGGCUGCUGUGUACAACAAGGCUAUCUACCUGUCCAGCGCCUCCCGUCGAAGGUUCACGGUGGGUGAGAUAGUGAACCUGAUGGCGGUGGAUGCACAGACCAUCGGGGACACCUUCCUGGAGCUCAACAACAUAGUCACCAACCCUUUGGUCAUCCUCAUCACCACCGGCUUCGUCUGGGCAGAGCUUGGCCCCUCAGCACUGGCAGGCCUGGCAGUGAUGCUGAUGCUGAUACCCCUCAACAGUCACAUUCUGAGUCACACCAAGACACUGCAGACCCGGGCCAUGAAGGUGACAGACAGCCGGGUGAAGGUGCUCAGUGAGAUCAUCAAUGGUAUCAAGGUGCUGAAGCUGUAUGCGUGGGAAGCGUCCUUCAGUGAGCAGGUCAAUGGGCUCAGGAAUGAAGAAGUCAAGCUCCUGAAGAGGCUGGCACUGUACAAGUCACUUCAUGUUUUUUUCUUCAACACCACACCUUUCCUUGUCACACUGGCCACCUUCACUACAUAUCUCUUCGUGUCUGACGAGAACCAGCUGGAUGCCAAAAAGAUCUUUGUCUGCAUAACUCUCUUUGACAUCCUCAGAAUGCCAAUCAUAGUUCUGCCAGAAGUCAUCUCUAAAUGCAUCCAUGGUGCUGUGUCCUUGAGGAGGAUGGAAAGAUAUCUCAACACUGAUGAACUUGAUCCACUCGACGUCACAAGUGAUCCACGCCAGAGCAGUGCUGUGGUGGUGCAAGGCGGCUGCUUCUCAUGGGAGGGUGAUGAAGAGCAAGACACGUGGAGACUGAAGGACAUUGAGCUGAAUGUUCGCCCAGGUCAGCUGGUGGCCUUGGUGGGCACAGUGGGAUCAGGGAAGAGCUCCAUCCUCUCUGCUCUACUUGGGGAGAUGAAGAAGGUUGCUGGAAAUGUGGUGGUCAAUGGGAGUGUGGCCUAUGUGCCUCAACUACCGUGGCUGCAGAAUGCCACUCUGCGGGACAACAUCACAUGGGGCCAGGCCUAUGACACAGUAAGGUACCGGCAAGUGGUGCGGGCGUGUGCCCUCCAGGCUGACUUGGACGUGUUGCCCGCGGGGGACCUCACCGAGAUAGGAGAAAAUGGGAUCAACAUGAGUGGAGGACAGAAGCAGCGGAUUUCACUGGCCCGAGCGGUCUACAGCAGUGCCAAUGUUUUCUUCCUGGACGACCCAUUAAGCGCCGUCGACUCCCAUGUGGGCAGACACAUCUUUGACCAUGUACUGGGGCCCAAUGGACUGCUGAAGGACAAGACACGUGUGCUGGUGACCCAUGCAGUGACCUUCCUGCCUCAGGUGGAUGAGGUGGUGGUGGUGGCAGAUGGGCAGGUGGCAGAGCGAGGCACCUACACCUCCCUGCUCACUUCAGAGGGUUCCUUUGCUAAGUUCAUGUUGCAGCACAUCAAGGAGUUGGAUGAGGAGGAAGCUGAUACAGAGAUGGAGGUGUUGCAUGACCAGCUGGAAAGUGUGGACAGUAAUAUGAAACUCUACCGGCAGCUUUCCAACACAAGGCAGUCACUGAAGAGCUCCCAGAGUUACCAGCCAUCAGGCACAAGCAGUCCUCACCUCAACAGCAGCAGGUUGUCAAUGUCCAGCAAAACGAGUGGCUUUGAGGGCAAGCCACACCUGCAGCACCAGCUCAGCACUGACUCUUCUGUGUCUGGAUUCAUGCACACCAAAAAGAAUGGCAGUGUCUUGACCCUUGACAGCCAUGCAGCCAAGAGCCUGGAGGCCGAAGGGAAUGACAAUGAUCAGAAACUAAUAAUGGACGAGACCUCAGAGAUUGGAAAUGUGUCCUUCCGUGUGUAUUUCAUCUACAUGAAGGCCAUGGGAGUGCUGUUCACCUGUGCGUCUUUUAUCACCUUCGUGUUGUCCCAGGUGUGCUUUGCUUGGAGCCGUGUAUGGCUGGCUGACUGGUCCUCUGAGCACUCCAAUGUUACAGACAACACAUCAGCAAGCAGGAACGCCUUUCUUCUGGUGUAUGGCCUCUUUGCAGUGGCACAGUCAAUUUUCUUAUUUAUGGGCAUUGUGAUGAUGGCACAUGGCACUCUGAAGGCAGCCAAUGCCCUUCACUCUGGCCUCCUUAAGUCUGUGCUUCACCUCCCCAUGAGCUUCUUUGACACAAACCCCAGCGGUCGGAUCAUGAACCGCUUCAGCAAGGAGAUUGACAAGGUGGACAAGAAGCUGCCAAUAGUGGUGCGCAGCUGUCAGACCACACUCAUACAGGUUGUGACAACACUGGUGGUGAUCAUCGCAGCAACACCUGUGGUGGCUUUCAUGGUGGUGCCAAUCAUGAUUGUGUAUUUUGCAAUCCAACGAGUGUUUGUGGCCACUUCCAGGCAGGUCAUGCGCCUUGAGUCUGUCUCCAAGUCUCCUAUUUAUUCUCACUUCAGUGAGACUGUAGCUGGUGUAUCUGUAAUACGGGCAUUCAAGAGGCAAGAUGAAUUUUUCUCUCAGUCUCUGCAGAAGAUGGAGGAUUCACAGAAAAGCAUCUAUGCCAACAUUACUGCCAACAGGUGGCUCGCUAUUCACCUGGAGACCAUAGGGAACCUGAUCAUCUUUGCCUCCGCCCUGUUUGGUGUUGCUAACAGGCUCACCAUCAGUCCAGGAGCCGUUGGCCUCACCGUCAGCUUCGCCCUCAGUAUUACAAUGCUGCUCAACUGGCUGGUGCGCAUGGUGUCAGACCUGGAGGCAAGCAUUGUGUCUGUGGAGAAGAUUGAUGAGUAUAUGCAGUUGCCGCAGGAAGCAGCUUGGAAGGUUGACCAAAACACUCCACCGUCAGCAUGGCCGGAGCAAGGCUGCAUCAACUUCCACAACUAUGAGACACGUUACCGGCCCGGCCUCAGUCUUGUGCUGCGGAACAUCACGUGCUCCAUCAGCCCGGCAGAAAAAGUUGGCAUCGUUGGAAGGACUGGUGCUGGCAAGUCCUCUUUGACAUUGGCACUCUUCCGCAUCAUUGAGGCCUCAGGAGGAGGAAUUGACAUUGACAACAUAACCAUUGGCGGGAUUGGCCUGCACGAUCUCCGCAGCCAGAUUAGCAUCAUCCCUCAGGAUGCAGUUCUCUUCAGUGGGACACUCAGAAUGAACCUGGAUCCACUCAACCAUCACUCCGAUGAUGAGCUGUGGCGCGCCCUGGAGCUGGCCCACCUCAGUGACUACAUCCGCAAGCAGGUGCUGGGCCUGCAACACCCAGUGGACCAGGGUGGCAGUAACUUCAGUGCUGGGCAGAAGCAACUGCUGUGCCUGGCCCGGGCUCUGCUGCGGCGGUCCAAGGUGCUGGUGCUGGACGAGGCCACAGCCGCUGUUGACCUGCAGACCGACGAUCUCAUCCAGGCCACCAUCCGCUCACAGUUUGUCGAGUGCACUGUCAUCACCAUUGCUCAUCGCCUCAACACCAUCAUGGACUCAGACCGGGUGAUGGUGCUCCAGAAUGGAAGGAUAGCUGAGUUUGAUGCACCAUCAGUGUUGUUACAGAAGCCAAAUUCAAUUUUCUACAGUAUGGCCAAAGAAGCCGGUAUUGUGUGAUUCAUCAAAGUCUUCCAUCAUGACACCUUACUUGCAUCAUACUGGUCAUCAUCUGCACAUGAUGAUGUCAUUCACACUGCAAGUCUGUACGUACAUCUUUCCUUAAUUUUUACAACUUUACAAAAGAGUUGCGCUUUUCAAGUCUCAGUACAAACUUUAGAAUUCUGCUUUUGUGUUCUUCUGGAAAACUGGUUGUAAAAGUUGAACUCAUGUAUUUUGCACUAUAUAGUCAAAUGUUAGACUUAAUUUAUUGUGGUACUUGUGCAGUUUUUUUUUUUUUUUUUUUUUUUUUUCUUUUUUUUUAUAUAGCGCCUGUAGGCACACUUGAAGAGUGUAUGGGAAGCACUGUUC